GUGGCCUCCGCUUCCUGGUCGACUGAACACGUGGUUCAGCGUCUGCUCCCCCGACUUGUCUUUGACAGUGCGAAGCGUCUCCAGCCCUUCCUCCCCUCACUCCUCUUUUUAUAUCCUCCCAUACUACACAGCAGACCUCCUUCUCCUCCGUCUCUCCUCCUCAUCCUCCCGCUCUCUUCUCCUGCUGCUGCACUUUUACUUCUCUUUCUUUAGCGACGGCUCCCGGAACUGACUGUCUGCCAGGCCGCGGUCACUUGAGCGUGGAUCCGAUCACAGGGAGAGAGAGUGUGUGUGAAAGUGUGUGUGAGGGAGACAGAGAGGAAAGCGUGAGUGCGUGUGCGCGCACCCGGCCGCAACCGGUCCGUCCGUGAUUAUCUCCGCCGCUAUCCCGCCGCGCUCUCUUCGGUCAUGACGCUGGAAGCGAUCCGCUACCGGGCCGGUUCCCUGCAGAUCCUGAACCAGCUGCUGCUGCCGCACCAGACCUCGUACGAAGAGCUCCGCACGGUGCAGGACGCGUACGAGGCCAUCAAGUCCAUGAAGGUGCGUGGCGCCCCGGCCAUCGCCAUUGUCGGCUGCCUCAGCCUGGCCGUGGAGCUGCGUGCAGGUGCCGGCGGCGAUGACCCCGUGGCCUUCAUCAGGGAGUCUCUGUGUCACCUGACCUCAGCCAGGCCCACCGCUGUCAACAUGGGCCGCGCCGCCCGCGAGCUGAUGGAGUUCGCUGAGAACGAGAGCAUGGAGAAGAACUCGGAGCAGCUCAGAGAAAGUGUAAUUGCCUGGAUCGAGGACAUGCUGGAGCGUGACGUCAAUGACAACAAGAAGAUCGGUAACUACGGCGCCCAGCAUAUCCUGUCCGGCGUCCCUCGGGACGCCGUGACCAUCCUCACACACUGCAACACCGGCUCGCUGGCCACGGCUGGAUACGGGACCGCACUGGGCGUGGUGCGAAGCCUCCACGCGCUGGGGAGGCUGAAGCGUGUGUACUGCACAGAGACGAGACCUUACAACCAGGGGUCCAGGCUGACGGCGUAUGAGGCCGUAGCAGAGAAAAUCCCUGCUACGCUUAUAACAGACAGCAUGGCAGCGCUCACCAUGAGAGAAAUGGACAUCACAGCCGUGGUGGUUGGAGCGGACAGGGUGGUGGCGAACGGCGACACGGCCAACAAGGUGGGCACGUACCAGCUGGCUAUAUCCGCAAAGCACCAUGGGAUUCCCUUCUAUGUGGCCGCGCCCAGCACGUCGUGUGACCUGAGCCUGGAGAGUGGCAGGGACAUCAUCAUCGAAGUGCGGCCCCCCGAGGAGCUCACCAGUAUAAACGGGGUGCCCAUCGCUGCCAAGGGUAUUGAGGUGUGGAACCCGGCGUUUGACGUAACCCCUCACCAGCUGAUCACAGGAGGCAUCAUCACAGAGCUGGGAGUCUUCCUCCCCUCUGAGCUCCAGGCAGCGCUCACCGGUCGCCUCACUGCCCUCUAGAGCCCCUGAGCCCCUCCUGCUGGUCCGUGUGCACCACUGCACCUUAACGUCAGACACUCAUCUCACCACAGAACACCCACACACACAGAACACACACACACACAGAGCAACUGUUGCCGUUUCAUUUCAUUUUGAUAAAUGCACAGGCACUGUUACAGGUCAGUUAACAGUGCACCCAGAAGACAAAAUGUUGUUCAGUCUCUUACUCACACAUAAAUUAACUUCAGGGAGUUGUGCAGACACAUGUGCUGUCUCCCUUCUCUUUACUGUCUGUCUUUUGUGAUCUCUUCAUCACAGGUUUUCCGCACUGUCUUUCAUUCUCUCUUGCCGCCUCUUUUUCCCUUCUAAAUAGCUCUGCUUAGCUGGACUCUCUUUCUCAAAUUCUAUUUGGCUGUUUUCAUGAAUCAUAACUGAGGUAAUUUUUCAGGGGUUCUUCAAAUAUAAACAAAAAAACUUCCACAGAGGCUAAAGUAUGACUGUUCUUUUCCAAAGUAGUGACUUUGAUUAGCCGUGGUUUCUAAAAUGCUGCUACCCAUUUGUAAAUAUACAUAUCCUUGCUGGUAAUGUGUACAUAUGUAGAAAAAUAACCCCUGCUCGUUAAAGGUACUAUUUUAACCAAAUAUUUGGUUAUUUUAAAAUUGAAUUUGACAUCAAAAUGUUAUAUUAACAUUUAAUUUAUUUUGUUCUGUGUUGAAAACCUUUUCUAGAGGAAUGAACCAAAUUUAUAGUAGAUUUUCACAGCCACAAAUUCUUAGUGAAAAUAAAAAUCCUGUGUCAAUAACAGAAUUUCUCAAUCAGUCCUUGUUAGUCAGCUGAAGCCUAUGGAAAGACAUGGCUGUAUAUAUACCUCACUAAUGAUUUCUGUCAUGUAGUUCCCAGUUCCACCAUGUCAUACCACAUUUGUAUUAUCAUAAUGUAAUUGUUCUGUACAACCAUACAUGUGUCGGCACCAUAUUGAUAUUCACUGUACCACGGGACGCACUGUAAGAAUGACAACUCUUUACAAAAGGAAUUGGUUUCAUAUUUGCUGUAACAGCUUUCACCUGAUAGCUGAUGUGUUUGUUCAUCACUAUUAAAGGAAUAGUUCACCCUGAGAGUAAAUAUUGGUUCUGUGCUCACUUAACCAAUCCUUGUUUAACCACAAGAUAGAAAUAUGUCUUGUAAAUGUUUUACAUCUUAAAAGAGUGAUCAAAUAAAUUAUAUUAUUAAUAUCUCAAUUUCUGGCAACUACAGCUACUUCAAACCAAGACAGGAGAAGCUGAAUAUUGUGUUUUUAAAAGCUGCAAUAAUCUGUUUUAGUGGUGAAACUCAGUGAUUGACCCACAGGAAACUUACAACAGAAUAUGAAAUUACAUCAGCUACUUUGUCUAACCCAAUAGAUCUUUAAAAGAUCAGUUAGUCAGAAGUUUAAAAGGAAAGUUUGUGGCCUAACAGCUGUGAAUUCGCUCAAACAUCAGAAACCCGAGGAAAAAUGUCACAUCUUUAUUCUGGGGUGAACUAUUCCUCUAAGAAUCGUGGGGUAUUUUCCAAACUGCCGUCUCUGUGACCACAUCGGAAAACGAUACGUGGCGUGAAGCCGCCCACAAUCAGAAUGUAUUAUUCAACGCAGAUGAACUUGCUUCAGUCAGGGGCUGUGAUCAGGCAACUUCGGACACUCACUCACUUCUUGCCUUUGUGCUCAUCUCAGAAUGUAUUUAAACAAUUUGCAUUCAAUCCUCCUCGCGUGGGCAGUGCGUGUGCGUCGUGAAACAUCUUGCUCUGCAUUUUGCCGCCAAUGUUAUCAGGUUAGAGCGUCCACACUGCCCUGUGUGUGAGCCACGCUGCUCUUCUAGAGAGUCGGGGUCUCACCUAUUUUUGCAAAAUGAACAAUUAUCUUUCAUAACAGUUUCGAGGUCUGUGGAAUAUGUCAUAUCAAUAUUUGCAAUACUCUCUCUCUUUCAAAGUAAAAGCUAGUGUCUCUGUUGACUGAAUCGUUAUUGAUGAUUACUUAGGUUACUAUAUUUAAGGAAAUACAGUGAUCAUACCAGAAACCUCACAUGGCAGGUCUGCAGCAGACAUGUUUUCUGUGUAAACAGCAGAAGCACGAGACGCAGCUGUCUCAUGCACCCAGUGUGGCCGGGCGUUAGCGUUUUCUGCGUUGUUGUUGUGUGGCAUUUGUAUUCGUGUCAUACUGCUGAGGUUUAUCAGAUCUUUGUAGUGUUGAAACAAUCAGUUACAACUGAAUAUAUAAAUCAUAUAAGAUGGUCCUUUUUUAAAAAUGCUGAUCAAUGGCUCAGCAUCCAUUUGUGUUUCUAUCACUUUAAAUGGAAAAUAAUAGUCGCGACCAAACCAUUGGAGUAUCCAAAGUAUCUAUAUUUAAAAAAUAUCACUGUGACCUCUGGGAAAUUACAUACAUUAGUUGAUCACUUAAUGAAUAAAUAUUUAAGCUUUAAUACAGUCAUUAAUAACUGCAGCACUCCCAUCAUAAUGUGCCCAUAUUGACUAGAGUCGAAGCCUCCAGUUUUAAAACCUGACACUUACAUUGUAUUUACUCAUAAACAGUAGACUGUUAUGAACUUUAAAACGCAGACUGACUGGGUUCAGGUUCUCGUGUCAUACUCAUGUUUUCGUGUGUGUGUGCGGCGAGUUCCUGCAGUUACGUGACCCGGGCCAAAGUCCCGUAAAUGUCAAUCUCUUUACGGGACACACCUUCUGGCUGUACUGAAUGUCAUAGGGCCCGCACUGCUCACUGCCUUACAGGUGCAGCACCAGUACAGCUCACUGAUGUGAGCAGACCCUCAGUCCUUCCUAAUCCUAUCCUGACUAGUAUUGCGCCACCAUCUCAUCAUAGUCAGAGAAAUCUGGACAAUUCUCACUAAGUGGAUUUACAUAUUUACAUUUUCAACACUAGUAUCCUUGAUCUGAAGAGAUCCAUUGUUUCUGAUCAUCCUCUAACAUGUGUAGAAUAGAAUCUGGAUGCCCAAUGAGUCAGGACGGGUUAAGUCAAAAAGUUUUUUGAAAUGGUAUUCCAGGUCCAGGGAGCUUUCAAUCCCAUUGGUCGGGCUCUUCACUUGAUUUUUUUUGUUUUUAAGCUGGUCAUGCCUGUAAGUGGGGAAAACAUUGCGCUCAGGUCAGGUUCGCACACAAAAACCGAAUGCCUGUCUGGUCUGUGUUGGCCUCAUCUUAUUUUGGAAGGGAAAAUUGCCGUGCAUCAUCAAAUGAAGUUACAAUAUAAUCAGUAAAUUGUUACCCAUGACUGGUGACCACAUGGAGAAGGUCAGACAUCCAGAAAACCAGUCCUCAACUACACAUUCUUCACAUUACCCACAGUACAUAUCUAAAUGUUGAAAGUUCCCUUUUGUUUCAGAUAAACUAUGCUAGUAUCUAUAAAUGUAGCCUGGAGGAUUAGAACCUAGAUGAAACUCAAGUCCAGCAUACUAAUGCACAUGUAAAUGAACUGUCUGAGUGUUGUUUGGAUUUCUCAGCUUAAUGAGACUGGUGUAAGCGGUUUGGCCAGUCUACCUUCCUAACGUCCCUUCACUGACCUCACACACCGCCUUUGUCGACUUCAUCCCUCUUUUCAUUCGUUAAAAGAUGUGGUAGAUACACAAACCCACCUCUCUACAGCGAAAACACCCUAAAAAACAAACCUACUGUCAUGAUGACAAUUGCAGUAUCCACAGUUUCAUUAUCCAUAUCUUUGAAAUGUGUAAUAUAAACUUCCUCCCUCCCUCAUCUACAUCCUCAACCAUCUUUGUUUCUCCUCUUUCCACCCAUCGAACCUCAACUCACAAAGAUGCUGGUUGGUCACAAACAAGCAGUAAAGACACUUGUGUAUUUGAAUUUUCUUCCUUUUUGUUUUGUACAGUUUUAAGAUGUCACUCAUUUGGGGGGGGGGGGCAAUGUUAGCUAGCAUUCCCGACAUAUGUAGCAACUCUGUGGCCGUCAGUCCAGCCGCAUUUAGUUUCUUUCAAAAAUUUUGAAGAAGUAUGAUAAUUUUGUUUUUGUCUGUACAUCAUGAUUCUAACUGUUUGGCUUGUGCUUUGUUGUUUUUUAUUUCAUGACAUUGUGAAUCCUAGUGACUAGGCCAUUAGUACACAACACUGGGGAGGCCUCCUCAACCAUACACACUACCUCUCCAUCUGCCUACACAGACUACAACACUGGACUGCUUGAACACAUGCACUGAGCGUGCCAGGCUGCAGCAGCAGAGCAGAUUGACAGAAUGCAGGAGAAAAAAACAUCAAACCCGGAACAGAUUAUCCAUGUUUGUAUCUUGAACCCAAAGUGACAAAUAAUUUGUGGCGCUGCUUUUAGUUUUUGCCAAAGUAGCCUAUAGUCAGGCAAGUGUGUGACAUUGGGUUGCAGCUGAAUUGUGUUGGCAUUAUGCUCAUGAUUUUACACCAUGCUUAUGAAGAAGCAGCAUUAUUGUACUGUGUUUUAAAAAGAGGACAAAAAAAGAUGUUCCACCAAUGUACACCCUUGAGAAGCCCAAAACAAGACGAAUAAUCAGGUGCCAAAACUAAAAAGCUGCUCGCCAGGUAUUUUCCACCUUCAUUUGAUCUUCAAUCAGAGCAGCAACUUAUGAAUUCUCAGAUGAUCAGAAUGGCCUGCAAUUACCAUGGAAGGAGUGUAGUUCAGAUGGCCUCUUUAAGUGCGAAUAUGUUAUUGUUGUUAUUGAUAAUCACUCGGUUUUGGGUUUGAUUUUGUAACGUAGAAAAAGUUCAAAACUGGAUUUUUUUUAUUAUAUAUGUAUAUGAAUAUAAUGCUGUAAAACGCAGUCAUGAAUCAAGAGAUUUCUCUUUCACGUCAAUACAGUUAAAUAAUUACAAUAAAACCACAUUGAAAAGA